GUACACCGCCUGUAAAGAUUAAACCAAUAAGAAGAGACAGAGGACCGAGGGAGGGAGAGACCGAGAGACAAUACGCCACCACCAUGGCUGUGGGCACAUCCUCUUCGAUGCUCGGGAACGCUCUCCUCUUCCUCCUCGUCCUCUCCUCGGCCACCGAUGUUCAUGGUGAGUCAAGCUCCACCGCCGCGACUACUUCCCCGCUGGACUACCUCUGCGGCCUCGUCGGCGCCUGGUACGUCACGCCGGAUCUCUGCGUGUCUGUGCUCUGCGUCGACCCCUCCUGCCACUCUGCACGAGGCUGGCCAGAGCUUGCGGUGCUCGCCACCAGGCUGACGGUGGCCAACGCCACGGUAACCAAGGCCAGCAUCCAGUCUGCGCUCGCCCACGCCAAGGACGCCAAGGUCAGGAAGGUCAUGCAGUCGUGCCUGCAGCUCUACGCCGGCGCGGUCCCUCGGCUGCAGUGGGCGGCGCGGUCGGUGGCUGCAAGGCGAUACAACGGCGUUCCAGAGGUGCUACGGGCAGCCUAUAUGGACGUCGCAAAUGAGUGCGCCAGCUUAGCCGGCCAGGUGAAGCUUCCCAAGGAGAACGACGAGUUCUUCAUGAUGGCGUACGUCGCGGAUGCCGUCGUCGAGUUGGUGCAGCCUUAUGGAAUUCAUUUAUUAACCCGCUCUUCCCCUCCAUAAAAUGUUGUAAGAUAAAGACAUUGCCCAACCUGUAACUUUAAAAUGUUGUAUUGUGGGUUUAUGAGUCUUAGAUUCAAGUAAUCGGGCGUUGCUUGCUCCCUUCA